AACAAAUCACAGCAUGCCAUCUCGUCGAGCUCGAAUAGAAUACACCAUACCAUUAUCGAAGACCUCUUUGACACUGUUGUUGUCCAAGAACAGCAUAACCGCUCUGUAAAUAGAAACUGGAGUAUCAAUGGUGUUUCUGUAGCUUUGCCCAGAAAAAAAGAAGCGCAAAUGAGGAAAUUUCAAACUCUGCUAAAAUUAACAAGGAGAUCUCAACUCCCUCCAUCACAAAAACCCUUCUCUUUCCAUUCAACUUUUAAACCCCUCAAACUCUUAAUCCCUUCCCUUAAACCCUCCACCCUUCCUCCCCAUUUUCUUUUUCAACACAAAAUUUCCGCACUUUCUUCUGAAAAUCUUCGUUCUUUCAGCACUUCUGGAGCUUCUGAUGACACUGUUAAAGAUGAAUACCCAUAUGAGACUGAACAAGAUUUAGUAGUUGAGGAUUGGGAGGAAGAGGAUGACAGUGAUCCUGAGAUUGGUGACGGAGGGGCAGGCGGUGGAAUUGUGCUUCAAAAUGUCCCUUGGGGUGAAAAAGUUUUGUCUAUUGCACAUGAUGUUUUGCAACAAUAUGGUGAUGACAUAAAAUUGUUCUCUUUCAAGACUACACCUAGUGGCUAUGUUUAUGUCAGACUUGACGAUCUCUCCAAUGAGUAUGGCUGCCCCAGCAUGGAGUUAGUUGAAAGUUAUAGUCGGGAAUACAGGAAGCGUUUGGAGGAAGAAGAAUCAAAGGGAGAGAUACCAAAUCUUGCUCUUGGGGUAUCCUCUCCGGGUGCAGAACGUCUACUAAAAGUUCCAGAGGAUCUGCAUAGAUUCAAAGAUUUUCCAAUGGUGGUAUCCUAUGUUGAAGGAGAUACUACUGAAGCCAAAUCUCAGGAGAAAACUGGGUAUUUUGUAGUUGAUUCUAUUGAAACAGAAUCAGAGCAUUGUGUUUGGAAACUGGCUGAUAUUAAGGAAAAUAGGGACCCUGCAAGCAAAGGAAGGCCAAUGAGUCGUAAGAGAAAAGAUUGGAGAUUGAAGCUUCCAUAUUCAAUGCUGAAGAAAGUGGCAUUGUACCUCGACUCUUGAUUGUUAAAACAAAGUGUUUAUCUUGCAGUGUUGCCAACUUCUUUGUUUCGUCCGAACAUUUUGGUAUAUGGAAAAAUAUUAGGGUUUGCUAUUAUAGCUGCGACUGCGAGUUUCUAGUACAAGAAAAUUAACAAAAGAACGAGUAAAGCUAAAAUGAUUCUUCAGCAAAGGUGCAUGUUUCAGUUAUCCAGGUAAAAAGCACAAGUUUUCUCCCAAAUAUCCCAAAAAAUUGACUGGUUCUCCCAGAAAAGAAAGGGAAGAAGAAGACAGCAUUAUAUUAGUUCAACUAGGUUAGAUCCCGUGCAACGCACGGAUGAGACUAAAUAAUUUUUUUCUCUAUUCUGACUAAUUUAUUCAAAAUAUUUUUUUAAUAAAACAAAAUCAUAUCAAAUUUUAUCAUGGGUUGUCGGAAAAUUAGAGAAAAUUAUUAUUUUAUUCGAAUUAUAAAGUGAUUAGUGCAAUCUCAGGUGAUUAGGGUUUCGACAAAAAAUGCUUAAAUUGGGCAAAAAAAAAAACUUAUAAUACCUUUAUCAGGUAAUCGUUUCUUUUAAAAUUGAAUGAUAUCCAUAAUAGUAAUCAUACCCGUAUCUGUUACAUAAAAUGGAAGAAAAUAAUAAUAAAAAAUGCUUGUUUGGAUAUGGACAUAUAAUUACACCUUGUUUUUGUAAAAGUAUUGAAUGUAAGCUAAGAGUAUAAUUAGUAUUUUUUUGAAAAAGGUUUUUGAAAAUCAAAAUAUUACAUGCAAUUACGGAGUAGCAACUUACUACUUAUAUUAUAAAAACAAUAAUAUCAUAAAAUUGGGAUUUUUCUAUUGUUGACAUAUAUUUUUUAGUAUUAAUAUAUUAUGUUAGAUUCUUACCAUAAACACAUGAUAUCAUAAUUUUUUUAAAAAAUAAGAUAAAAAUUAUGAAAAUAGAUAUUUUAAAAGAUUCUUUAUUUUAAAUUUUAUUUUAAAAAAAACUAAGGACACCCCAAGAGAUGACAAAUGUCAUUCCUGGUGUGUCUUUUAGUAUAUAGUAAGUAUUGAUUAAUCCAAUUUUGGUAUUUUCUUAAAUGAACCUGGUUCACCUAUAAGAGGAAGGUGAAUCUCUUACCCUUUUCAUUCACGCGUGUGAAUGAAAGAAGCCCAAUUUAAUUUAGUUCUUGCUUCCUCAUUCACGCCAAUAUUUUCUCUCUCCUCAUUCUCUCCAUCUUCUUCUUCUCUCUCCUCGUUCUCUCGAGCUUCAUCGCAAAAUUGUUUCUUCAAUUUAUCUCUGCACUUUCAAGCUUCAAUUUGUCUCUCCUCCAUUAUCAAUAGCGCAAAAAACCAAGGGAGGUACUUCAGUUGGAGGUCGCAUAGGCCUCCGUAAUUCACCUACUCGAAUCGAACAUUCAGAUAAUGACCAGCAGUGGUUCAUCAACAAGUCCAUAAACCAGGGAACCCACACUUGAAAAAGAAGCAAAAGGCUGUGAAAGUUCAGGAAGAGGCCACCACGUUUGGUGCCACCGUUAUUUCUACAACAAAGCGCAAGCGAGGUGGUGAUGGUGGCCCUGGUUGGUGAUCUUGAAACAAAAAAAGUUGAUGCGGAGACGAUAUAUACCUGCUGAAUGUGAAUGUAGGAGGCUUGAGGAGAAAUCAAAGUAGAAUUAUAAACACUCCAAUAAUGGAUGGCAGAUUUGCAUAAUCAAAUUAUUUUUAUAAGCUUAAAUUUUACAAGAUUAUAAACAGUUAUCACUGUUUUUAUUUUUGUUUUUCUGGAAAAGGAAAAUUUCCUUAAUGUUAGAAACUUUUUAUCAACUUCAUGCCAACUUUGAGCUAUUCCUCAAGAACCUGAGGUAUAAUUGUAGUUUAGAAGUUGAUCCGAGAGUAGACUCAAUUCACUCGGUUUGCCUUGUGCUAUAAGUGUUUGUACAGGAAAAGAUGCAAAAAUCUUUAUAGUUUUCAUUGCCAUAAACAACAAGGCAGUAAUUUAAAGACAGAACUUGAUAGUAUCGUCAUUCA